AUGGGCGCGCAGGUGUGCGAGGCUGCGGUGGCACCCCAACCCUCUGACCCCGGCUGCGUGGCGGCCUGGUGGGACAUGGUCGUGCGAAACCUGCAAUCUGUUCCACACUCCUGUUCAACACUUGGAAGAAAAAUUGCUGCUCUGUAUAACAGUUUUACUAGUAAACCAUUAAAAGAACACAUUUUCCCUCCUUUGAUGGACAUGCUAAUUUUUUUAAACUUUUUCAAAGCACCAUACCUUGUGGAUUUAAAGAAACCGGAGACAAAGAUUGCUCACACAGUGAACUUCUAUCUUAAAGUGGAACCUCGGGUGAUGCUGGGAAUCUGGCACACAGUCCCCAGCUGCCGGGGUGAAGAUGCUAAGGGGAAGGACCGUUGCUGGUAUGAAGGGACCCUUCAUGAUGGCAACCCAAUUAUUAUUUACCUCCAUGGCAGUGCAGAAAGCAGGGCAGCCCCUCAUCGACUUAAGCUAGUGAAGGUGCUGAGUGAUGGUGGCUUUCAUGUGCUGUCUGUUGACUACAGAGGGUUUGGGGACUCCACGGGUAAGCCCACAGAAGAGGGACUGACCACGGAUGCAGUGUAUGUCUAUGAGUGGACCAAGGCAAAAAGUGGCAGCACCCCUGUGUGUCUUUGGGGCCACUCUCUGGGAACAGGAGUUGCAACAAAUGCUGCAAAAGUACUAGAAGAGAAAGGAUGCCCAGUUGAUGCUAUUAUACUGGAAGCUCCAUUUACCAACAUGUGGGUUGCAACUAUCAACUAUCCCUUGUUAAAAAUUUACCGGAAACUUCCAGGAUGUUUACGCCUGUUUAUGGAUUCCAUGAGGAAAGACAAAAUAUUCUUCCCUAAUGAUGAAAAUGUUAAGUUCCUGUCUUCUCCCCUUCUUAUUUUACAUGGAGAAGAUGACAGGACAGUGCCUUUGGAGUUUGGAAAGAAGCUCUAUGAAAUUGCAUACAAUGCAUACAGGGACAAAGAGAGGGUCAAGAUGGUUGUCUUUCCUCCUGGCUUCCACCACAACCUCCUUUGUCAGAGCUCUGCACUACUAAUAGCUGUGAGAGAUUUCCUGAGCAAGCAGUGGGCCUGA